AAUGUCGGCUAUAAUUCAAUACAGGACGAUAACAUUCAGUUCCAUUGUCACGAUGAACCAAGCAACGAUAACAGUCGGAAAUCUGCCGAAGGUAUUACCUCAUUGAGACCAAUGGGACUCCCAAAAAAAAGAGCUAAAUUGGAUUUUUUAGCAAAACGAAUUUUGUGGAUAUCUCUUGGAAUAUGUUUAUUCUUUAUGAUAUGUGAAGUUGUCGGGGGUGUAUGGGCAAAAUCUCUUGCCAUCGUAACAGAUGCUGCCCAUUUGCUUACUGAUUUCGCUUCAAUGUUGAUAUCAUUGUUUUCUGUUUAUAUCGCAUCAAAGCCACCAUCCCAAAGAAUGAGCUUCGGCUUCCACAGAGCAGAAGUUUUGGGAGCAUUUUUCUCGGUGUUUUUGAUUUGGAUAGUUACCGGUGUUCUGGUAGUUCUGGCUAUACUACGAAUACUUAACGCCGACUACGAAAUCGACGCUACUAUCAUGGCCAUUACUGCUGGUAUAGGAGUUUUCGUGAAUCUUAUAAUGGGAGCACUACUAUUCUUUGGAGGUCAUGCUCAUUCACAUGGUGGUGGAGGCCAUAGCCAUGGAAAACACUCCGGUUCACCGAACAUCAACGUCAGGGCGGCUUUCAUACACGUGCUUGGCGAUCUCGUUCAGAGUGUUGGUGUACUUGUAGCUGCACUCAUCAUCUUUUUCAACGAGAGUUGGGCUAUUGUCGAUCCGAUCUGUACACUUUUAUUUUCUGUUAUUGUGCUCUGCACUACGAUCUACAUUCUCAGAGAUGCACUGGUCGUUUUACUUGAAGGUAGACCUAGCAACAUCGAUUUCUCACGGGUCUUCAGUUCACUAGAAAAAAUCGAAGGCGUGAAGAAGGUUCACGAUUUGCGGAUAUGGGCCCUCACAAUGGACAAGGUAGCCGUCUCUGUCCACCUCGAAGUAGCUCAACCACAGAAUGCCCAAUCAGUACUGCGUGACACAAGGACGAUGCUAAAUAGGGAGAGUUGGGCUAUUGUCGAUCCGAUCUGUACACUUCUAUUUUCUGUUAUUGUGCUCUGCACUACAAUCUACAUUCUCAGGGAUGCACUGGUCGUUUUACUUGAAGGUGAGUCUUCUGAGUCUUCAAUUUUAUACAUAAUGAUAUAG